AUGUCGUCUGUUACGCUUGCACAUAACAGACUCUGUGUAGACUUUGCAGCACUGAAGUAUGCUUGCCCGAACGGUGUCUAUGUCGCUCCUGUCCACGACCAUCCACUUACCUGGGAAGGCGUGUUAUUCCCACGAAAAGGACCGUACGUGAAUGCGACGUUACGAUUCCGCAUUGACUUCACGGCGGACUAUCCCCAACGGCCACCAGUAAUUACAUUCCUUAGUGAAGUGUUCCAUCCCUUGGUCACGCCUGCCACUACAUACACGCACAGUGUCCGCGACACCGGGACCGACACCAUCAGUGCGGCAGAUGAAGAGCGAUUACCGCCCGGCGGCGUAGUGUUACGCCACGCCUUCCCGGAAUGGUUCUUUUCCAAAACGCCAGUCACAUCUGGACCUGGUGCAAGCAGAGGGCGGAGUGGAGUGCAGCCUCUAGACGCGACCUUCCGCACGGAUCGCGAGCAGGAACAGACGGAGCGAUUGCCGCACAUUGUCGAGGUCUUGCAGUAUCUCCGGGUAGCUUUCGACACGGAAGCUGUGAUCGACGCCAUCCCGCUGGAUGUUGCUGCUAACAGCGGAGCAUGGCACGCGUGGAGAAGCUUCCGCACGAAAACCCUUCCACGGACGUCACCGCCUGCAAACACCGAUCAUGCUUCGGAGGGAGGAGUAACUUCCAAACGCAGCACAUCGCCAAGACAACAGCCUGGAGGCGCUAGGCGACCUGGCGACUGGAACUGGGCUGGCGUGUGGGAGGACCGGGUUAGGAAGAGCGUUCAGCUAGAUGAGGAGACGUUGAAGCACGCAAUGCAAGAGCUUCACUGCGCGGUGCCUGCCUGA